AUGGUUCUACAAGAGGCAUGCAGGCAGUUUGGGGGUCCUUUUUUGCUCCACCCCUGCAUACACUCACCUUCUCCACCUUUUUCCCAGGUCAUCAAGCGAGAGGGCACAGGUGUGGAGAUGCCCAUGAUUGGGGACCGAGUCUUUGUCCACUACACUGGCUGGCUGUUAGAUGGCACCAAAUUUGACUCCAGUUUGGACUCCAAAGACAAAUUCUCUUUUGAUCUGGGAAAAGGGGAGGUCAUCAAAGCUUGGGACAUUGCUGUAGCAACCAUGAAGGUGGGAGAAGUGUGCCACAUCACCUGCAAACCAGAAUACGCCUACGGCUCAGCAGGCAGCCCUCCGAAGAUCCCCCCCAACGCUACACUUGUGUUUGAGGUGGAGUUGUUUGAGUUCAAGGGCGAGGAUCUGACAGAUGAGGAAGAUGGUGGAAUCAUCCGGAGAAUACGGGUUAAGGGUGAAGGCUAUGCCAGGCCCAAUGAUGGCGCUAUGGUGGAGGUCGCACUGGAAGGGUACUACAAAGAUCAGAUCUUUGACCGGCGGGAGCUCCGCUUUGAGAUUGGCGAGGGGGAGAGUCUGGAUCUGCCUUGUGGGCUGGAGAAAGUCAUUCAGCGCAUGGAGAAAGGAGAACAGUCCAUUGUGUACCUCAAGCCCAGUUAUGCUUUUGGCAAUUUUGGGAAGGAAAAGUUCCAAAUCCCACCACAGGCUGAGCUGAAAUACGAAAUACACCUCAAGAAUUUUGAUAAGGCCAAGGAGUCAUGGGAGAUGAAUGCAGAGGAGAAGCUGGAGCAGAGCACCAUGGUGAAAGAGCGGGGCACUGUGUACUUCAAGGAAGGCAAGUAUAAGCAAGCGCUACUUCAGUACAAGAAGAUUGUGUCCUGGCUGGAAUAUGAGUCGAGUUUGUCUAAGGAGGAUGCACAGAAGGCACAGUCCCUCCGGCUGGCCUCCCACCUCAACCUGGCCAUGUGUCAUCUGAAACUGCAGGCCUUCUCGGCUGCUAUCGAGAGCUGUAACAAGGCUCUGGAACUGGACAGCAACAAUGAGAAGGGCCUUUUCCGCAGGGGAGAGGCCUACCUGGCAGUGAGUGACUUUGACUUGGCAAGAGCUGACUUCCAGAAGGUCCUGCAGCUCUACCCCAACAACAAAGCCGCCAAGGCCCAGCUGGCUGUUUGCCAGCAGCGGAUCCGCAAGCAGCUUGCCCGGGAGAAGAAGCUGUAUGCCAACAUGUUUGAGAGGCUGGCUGAGGAGGAAAGCAAGGCCAAGGCUACAGUAGCUGCCGGAGACCGCCUUGCUGACGCCGAGAUGAAGGAGCCGAAGCCCCUGGCGGGGAGCCAGUCUCAGGUGGAAGCGGAAGCGUAGCUUCUCUCCGGGCCCUCCCGAGGCUGCCUGCCUGCCUCCCCGCUCCCCACCCUACCCUGCUCCACCCUGUUAGUUUUGUAAAAAUUGAAGAAUUUUGAGCGAAUUAGACCUUUAUUUUUCUAUCUGGUUGAAUGGUGGCUUUGGGGGAAGGGGGGAAAGGAGUAGGCUGGGGGACUGAGGUGGGGGAUCAUUUUAGAUGGUGUCACCCCCUCUUCCCCUCCCCCAUUACAUGUGUCGAUCGAAUGUCCACCCACAUACACACACUCAUCAGAAUGUUAAUUUAUUUUGCUUCCUCUGUUCGCUGUGUCCAUGUUGCAGUGGUCGAAGGGGACGAGUGGUAGGGCCGCGGGUCUGACGUGCAGCCAGGGUGGAGAGGGCGCCUCCUGGGCAGCCGCUUCCCUCACCCCUGCCUCCUCCCAGCCCCUCUCCUCGCGUGGCCUCUGUGUGGGUGCUAGGGGUGUAGGAAACACUGCCCGCCUCUGCCCGUCCUCACCCCCGGUGGUGUGGCCGUCUUCUGGUAUCCUGGUGACCCCUGCACCCUCUUUCCACCUUCUCCCUGUUAGUUUCCUUUCUCAGCCGGGUUGUGUCCCCACUCCCUCAGCCUCCUCUUUCAUGUCGCCGAAGGUCCAGGUCAGCCUCAAGUUCCAUGCUUGAGCAAUAAAGUGGAAACAAUAA